UCAUGCUUCAUUUGUGUUUAUAUCUGACAUCUUAUUUAUCAUGCUACCUGUGUGGGGACUGGACUGGAAACAAUAUUCAACUUCAUAAUUUAUUUAUGUUCUGUUUUUCUAACGCGUUCUUUGUUCUUAUAUAUGGUAUAUCCGUCUUGGCAGUAAAGGGCACUAGUUGUAAAAUGUCGAGAUAUAAAGAAAUGGUGUUGAUAGUCCAGGGAAUUAUCUGGAUAUCUGGUAUAAUUUUAGCAUCGGGUACUUGCCCAGCGAGGGUUUGGAAAAAGAUUCCUUUAGCUGGCAAACUCUUUUCUGGUAUAACUUCGGAGACAGCUGUGCUCUCAGUAAAAGGCUGUGCUGAGAAAUGUACAGAGGCAGUCAAUUGUAAAUCAUUCGGUUUCAAUACUGCUAGCAAGAAAUGCUACCUGUAUGAUGUUUUAAUAUGGGCUGGUGGACUAAGUGCAGAUGAGGCGGACGUGGUGUAUUAUUGGGCUCUUAAAGACCGAUGCCCAACCAAUCUUGGUUAUACUCAAGAUUCGAGUGGAUCAACGUGUGCCAAACUCUUCAGCGAUGUUAAAACAUGGGAGGAUGCUAUGAAGGAAUGCGACCAGCAUGACGGCCAUCUCUUUCUGGUCGAUGCUCCAUUCAAAAAAGAUUUAAUUUUAAAUCUCACACAAAAUUCCAGCUCUACUUACACGUAUCUUGGAGCAACAGACGGAAAUAUAGAAGGCGACUGGAAAUGGCUAAAUGGUGUUACGAUUCCAAUCGCAUCACCAAGCGAAUGGAUACCGGGUCGUCCUGACAAUUAUGGAAACUCCCAACAUUGUAUGGCGUUUAAAAAAGAAAGUGGAAGUAGUGGACUGGAUGAUCGAGACUGCGCUGACCCGAGUCCGUUUAUUUGUGAAAUACCCAUGAAUGAAGGAUAAAAUCAAUAUUGAAAUCUUGCUGUUUGAAUAAUAAAGAUGUUCAGUAUAAUA